AUGACUACCACCACCACCACUACCACCACUACUACCACCACCACUACUACCACUACUACCACCACUGCACCUCCUAAGCAGCACCCACCUACGGUGGCCACAAAUCGCCUGGACUCCUCCCAGCCGCCGUUCUUCCCCUUUCUGGGAUCGAAUCUGGAGGAAGUCGAAACAACGACAUCUGUCAGCCAGAAACGUCUCGUGCAGGACGACAACGAGGUCAGGGGGAAAAACCCAAAAAACCAGCAGAUGCAAAAUCACAUCACAUUCGGCUCAUAUUUUGAAAACCCAUCCUCUUCCGCCUGGUCGCAGCGACCAACGCUGUGGAAGUGGAUAUCUGCGACCUUCGUCCUGGCAACAGCGCUCCCCAUCUUCCCGGGAUUUUCAUCUUCGUAGAAUCUGACCUUAUCUGCCCUCUCUCGAUGCUGUAGUGACGAUUGAUUGAUGGAAUAAAGGAUGCUGGCGUUCAAAUCUAUUUACGAAUGAACGAGUACGUCUGUGAUUGGCUUCGUUUUCCAUUUAAAAAAAUAAAUAAAUAAAAGUUAGAAGGCGUAAGAUCGUCGUGUCUUGAUCAACUGAUGGACAUUUCUGCCGUUUUCCCCAAAUCUGGGAAUGUCCCAGCAACUGCGCAAUUUGGAAAGUAGCGCGGUGUUCCCAGCAGAAAAUCUUGUUUAUCAAAAUUCUCUAAAUCACCUAUGGGAGGGGAAGGAAGAGGGGAGGUCAUUCAGGGUCAGCGUUGGGUGGAGGGCGAGAGGUCGAAAUCAAUAGUCAUGUUUCCUUGUAUAAUUUAUGUGACUGUCUAGCCAAUAUCACUCAAUAUAGUCUCGCAGUUAUGUGCGAGGUGUUAUAUAUGAUUGUCGUGUGAAAGUGAAUGACAGACUCUUUGUCGUCAGACAUUAGUGAAUAUAUGUGCAUGUAUAUACACACAUGCUUAUCUACUGUGUAUACACAUACAUGGGUGCAGUGCUAGAGUUCCUACUUUGCGCUUUCCUUUGGAUAUUCAGUGAAUAUUUGACGAGGUGAAAAUUCAUGUCAUUGCGCAGUGGAUGCUAAAGAAGUAUACUCACAUACGAAAAAAAAAUUAAAGGUGCUUUUUUGAAACAAGAAUACACACAAAAAAAUGCUGUUAUAGAUAAGUUCUCUUCCGUUUUUAUCGAACAUCCCAGUUACCUAUCUCUUCAUUCGUAGUUAUACAGAUAACCAGUUUCCUGCUGUGUGACUUGAAAGAAAAAAAAAAGAAGAAGAAAUCAAAAUUAUCUCUGCUCCUCUAGGAAUGGGCUACACAACCGAGGUCAACACUCGUACGUUACAAUCUGAUAAUUGCUCAAACUUCGGCGGGAUGUUUGUGAGUGAGUGGGGAAAAUGGAGACACUGACGUGAAUUAAAGAGCAGAGGAAAAAAUCUGCUUUAGUAGACAUAUUUCCACUAACCAAUCCAGCCAGUUUUAUUGGUAAGUAAUUUGGAUGAAAUAUACAAAGGAAAAGUGGUUAAAAGCAGAGAAGCCUACUGCUUUAAGACAUUUCCACUAACCAAUCCAGCCAGUUUUAUUGGUAAGGAAUUCAGAGGAAAUAUACAGAGAGAAAGUGGUUAAAAACAGAGGAACCUACUGCUUUAAGACAUUUCUACCAACCAAUCCAGCCACAUAUAUUGGUAAGGACGUGUGAGGAAAUAUAAAAAAGUGAUUGAAUGUUUUCCGUGGGACGAGAAUCAGUAAAAAUGAAUCGGUAGUUUGGGCACUGGUGAGGAACGCUUCUAAAAGGCCAACUAUGAUUUAUAUCAACGUCUUCAGUGGAGCUGCAAUUCGAAAAGGAAGUGAUGAGUGCAGUGAUGACUUAGCAGACGGAAGACUGUACGCAUCUCUGGUUAUUCGUGUAAAUGUCCGGAGACUCAGAAAUAUGGAUGAUAGGAGAAGAAAUAGGAUAGGGAAGGCUCCCAGGCUCUGCACUGUAUAGACAUGCCAUAAACUGCUCUUCUUUGCUUGUUCACGGUGAAUAAAAACGAUGUGUACAUAGAUAUUAUAUACAGCUGGGUACAAAAAAUAAUGAACUUUCCUCUUUUGUGUGGAAGGAAGUUGCGACAACCCCUCCCCCCCCCCUUCCCACCACCUAAUGUAGCCUAUUCCUCUCCCCCACCUCCUUUCCACAUACUUAUAUAUAUCACGGCUGAUGUAUACAGUAGCCAUGUAAGCUUAGUUAUUCUACUUAAUUGUAAGAGAUAAAUGGGGCGGAUGAGCACUGAUGGUAAGAGAGAGAGAGAGAGAGAGAGAGAGAGAGAGAGAGAGAGAGAGAGAGAGAGAGAGAGAAUAUACUCCUUUCCUGCAAAGUAUAAAUGACUAAAAGGGAGUGACUUACAUAAUCAUAAUAAAAAAUGAAUAUGCUCCAUUGCAAAUGUUCUGGCUAUAGUAACCUGAAAGACAUCGAGCUC